AUGUUCGGUUCGUCGAGGGCAGGAGGAUCCCGAGGAGGCCAGGAUCAGUUCAACUGGGAUGACGUCAAGGUUGACAAACACCGAGAAAAUUAUCUGGGUAAUUCUCUAAUGGCUCCAGUGGGUCGAUGGCAAAAAGGCAAAGACCUAACAUGGUACGCCAAAGACAAAACUGGACGUGCCCGGACCAAAGAAGAAGAGCUUGCAGCUGUGAAGGCCGCCGAACAUGACGCAUUGAUGGCUGCCCUAGGACAUAAGGUUAUAAAGAGACAACCCACGGGACUGACCAAAGAGGACUUGGCAGAUAUUUGUAGGAGAGAAGAAGAUGACGGUGAAGAAAGGAAUGUGGAUCGCAUCUCAGGCUUAGGGAGCUCCAGUGCCAGCUCACGGAAAGUGGUCCUCUCCCAGAAGGAAAAAGAGGCUGUUAAAAUGGGCCUGCCAGUUUUUACACACCAUAAGACUGCAAAUCGCCCCGAAACCUUGACAGCAAAGUCAUCAGAGAGUGCAGAAAAAGAAGUAGUAGAGCAACAUUUUAGUCAGGAGAGCAAGAAGAAAAAGAAAGAAAAGAAGAGCAAAAAGGAGAAGAAGAAGAAGAAGAAAAGUAAGAGGAAAAGAAGUGACUCAUCCUCCUCAGAUUCAGAUGACGAAAGAAAAAGGCCGCGAAAGGACCACCACCAUCCUAAUCCAUCAUACCACAGUCAGAGUGGAGCCAGAACCCAUGACAGCCAUUCAAGGGGGGGACCAAAAGCAGAGCGACAGUCUCCCCGCCCCCGUCAUCGGCAGCAGCGCCAUGACACAGACUCCUCUGACGGGGGGUCCCCUGUCCGGCGUAACCCCUCGGGCCGCAAGACGGCCCCUGACGGUGCCGCACAAUGCCGCGGGCAACGCCAUGACACGGACUCGGACAGCUAA